GCAUGCGUACCGUACAGCGAUAUUAUGUAUGCUGUCAUUGCUGUGUUGAUCUCGGAGGUCUGGUUAUGACAUAACCCGAUGAAGUCAUAGAAAUCGGCGAAGGUAACCAAGUUUUUCAUCAUCAUCAUCAUCAUCAUCAUCAUCAUCCAUCUAUAAUUUGAGGAUUGCUGAAGCAGCAUGAUUAGAGUAAUAUCCAACCAGCUUAAUGGGCUCUCCAGGGCUACAUCAUCUCUAUCAAUUCCUUGGCAACAAAACCUCUUCAAAGGUAACUUACUUCAGGGCACCAGCCAUUUGAAAUCAUCUGAUCAUCACUUCCUGUCAACCAAGGCAACAGCAUCUCUCCAUCGGUCACUAUUAACAUCACACCGGUGGUGCUCAAGAACUGAAGCAAAAACAUUCAGGAUUUCUCAAGGAACCUUAAAACUAUUGUCACAGUUUGGAGGAACCCACCUGCACACUUCAUCCUCAUUAGAUCACACAGGAAUCAUUUCAAGACUCACCAGGCCUUACAUUGUGACAUAUAAUUUCACAUGUAGGAACUGUGAUCGUAAUGUUAGAAGUCCGUUUGUGCCAGGAACUGUACGUUUGAAGAGUUCACAUAGUAGGAGCCAGCAGAAUGCAUGGCGUGAGAGGAAUAAGUCUGUCAUGUUGUAUGUUAUUGCUGGAGCAGUCCUUGUGGUUGGAUUCUCUUAUGCAGCUGUUCCUCUCUACACAGUGUUUUGUCAGGCAACGGGUUUAGGGGGUCAGGCCACCGCGGGUCAUGAUAUUGAGAAGGUAGAGACCAUGGCUCCCGUGCGAGGGAGAGAACUUGUGAUACGAUUCAACGCAGACACUGCUGCAAGCAUGAGAUGGAACUUCAGACCUCAACAGACUGAAGUCAAGGUUGUACCCGGUGAGACUGCCCUAGCCUUCUAUUCAGCAAUGAACCCUACAAAUAAACCCAUCGUUGGUAUCUCAACAUACAACGUAGUGCCGUUUGAUGCUGGACAGUACUUCAAUAAGAUCCAGUGUUUCUGCUUUGAAGAGCAGCGGCUGAACCCUCAUGAACAGGUUGACAUGCCAGUAUUCUUCUACAUCGACCCUGACUUUGAUGAGGACCCUAAGAUGGCCAAGGUUACUAAUAUCACUCUAUCCUACACCUUCUUUGAGUCCAAGGAGGGACUUGAGCUUCCUGACCCUUGGUCAAGACCAGAAUGACCAUCAGGGGGAAUUGACCAUCAAAUUUGAUUUGCGUGUUGAAUAGCCAUCACAAGGACAUUGUAGAUGAGAUUGACCAUCAGGCCAUUCAUGGCUUCAGUAAUGACCGUUGAAGUGACUGUCAUAGUAGCCAUCAUGAUGAAUAGCACUAUUCUGAAUGGCUGUCAAGAUUUCCGUCAGACUGGCUAAUGUGGAAAUGUCUCAUGCAUUAAAUUGUCAAUGAGUAGUUGCAAUUGUUACUGAAAUCCUUGCAUCUGAUUGGCUGAGAGCUAUGCUGUCAUUAAAAAUGAUCGACAAAUAGGAUACAUGAUAUUGCUUCACGAUAUUGUGCCCAGAUUUACAUUAGAGCACUUAACAUUUUUACUCAUGCAGAUUGAGUAAAAUUAAAUUAUGCAGAACAUAGAACACUAAACAUUUUUACUCAUGCUGUUUGUUAUUUCAUUUUUACUCCACUGUAUGUUUUUUUCCUUAUCCUGUUCAGAUACACCAAUAUUGCAUUAUUUAUUAUGGUACCGUAAUAUAACUAAUGCACAUGUCAUUAAACACUUUCCAAUUCCUACAAUUUUAUACUGUGGUAUGUCAUCUGAACGUACAGUCAGAAUGCUGUAAUCAUGCCGCCAAUAAAUAUCAUCUACCAACAACAGAGCAUAAUUAACUUAUGUAACAAAGGAAGUGAUUGCCUGGUAAUAAAUUGGUUGUUAAUGUCAAUUGAGCACAGAACAUGUCAACAUGAUAGCUGCAACAUUGCAGUUUCUCUUUGGAUGUAGUUUAUGAGUUGUGCUUUCCGCAGCAUUGGGUGAUAUUGUGAUAUUCUGUCUAGGGUCCUGUUCGUAAACCUAAUGCCAUUGUGUGUUUAGAAGCAAGAAGCAAAUACCAGGCAUUAAAAAAAAGAUAUUUAAAUACUUCAGUCAUCAAAGGAACAUCCAUUAAAUUGCUGCAAUAUUUGUAGCAUUUUAGAGAUAAAUGGAAUAUAUGAACAUGGUUUGUAAUAUCAAUUUCAUAAAGCUUUUCGUAAGUUGAAAGUGACUUUAAGAGUGACUGGUGAAUUUUUCUUGUGGUAAAUGAUAUUUAUCAUUAAAUGUUCGUUGAAGAUUAUUUAGCGUGUAAGAAAGGUUCACCAGUCGUUCUUAAAGAAGCUCUUAAUUUACAAACAGCUUUAUGAAACACCCAUCCGGUUACAUAUUGCUAUCUUAAAACUGACCAAGCAUAUAUGGCCUUUGUACCUUCUCCGUACAUGGUGAAUGCUUAAUGUUUUUCCCCGAGCCGGGAGAGCCCUUUGACUUUGCUGAGCCAAAGCUCUCUGAGGUUGUUAGCUUUUUGGAAAAGACAAGAACAGGUGCGGCGCCAGGGCCUUAUGGUGUCCCUUACAACCAGGUUUUGAAGGACGGAAAAGGGAGUUUCCCACAGCAUGUGAUGGUUACAAAUCUGCGAUCCGAUAUUGUAUUGUGGACUGACUGCAAAGGUAAUAGUUCUAGGAGAGUUGACCAUCCCUUGGGAGGAUAAUUUUGACUAUGCCUUUGAGCGCAAGCUCACAAGAUAUUCUGAACUUGUGGCAGAGUUAACAGGCAAGGGCUGGAAGGUGUUUUGCUUCCCCUUUGAGGUUGGUUGUCGUGGGUUCGUAGCAAAAUCAUUGCCUAGGUGGUUUGGGAGUUGGGUUUCUCAAAUAGAAAGAAUAAGCAUGCUUGUAGGGAUGCUUCUGAGGCAGCAGAGAAGGGUUCUGCUUGGAUUUGGACCAAGUAUGUCCAAAGGAAGAGGGUGACCAGCAAUUAAGCAACUUUUUCUUUUCGUUUAUUUCUUUCUUUCUUUUCUUUCCUUUUUUUCUGUUACCAGUGGGGAAGGUGGUGCUUUGCACUGCUGGCCCACCACCAAGAGGGAGUAUUGUUUCUAAUGGGCCGAAACUCCCAGUGACUGGUAGAAAACAACUGAGGAUUCCCCCUGGUAAUGCAUGAGGCAGCGUUCUCGUGUUUGUUGAACUCAAUGUCAUUUGAAUUAUCAGAAGGUGAUGCUGCCCUCUAUUGAUUAGCAAGGUUUAAGUAUGAUUCCCUUCUUGACAUUCAUAGAUACAGUGUAGGUUGUAAGAUACUCAUUGUAAAAACAACAAGCAUUACUUUUUUACUAAAACACAACAUUUAUUUGAUUUAUGAUUUCAAAGCAAUAUCCUCGAUGAUGAAUUGACUUUGAUGUUUUGAGGAUAAAAUAAUGUACAUCAUUACAAAUUUUGAAGAUAUUUUUCCUCUAAAUGAUAAUGAUAAAAAUGAUUCACUCAAACUAGUCAGAUAUUUCACUUCAUUUCAAGUUAUUGUUUGUCAUUCAGUCUAUUGUAAGUUACCUCAUUGCACUUUGCAGUUUAUUUUCUAAUAGGGAUUAUGAAUUCAUUUUCUCAGGUAUGAUCAUUGAAUUUCCUGUGGCAGGAAAAAAAUAUUGCUUGAUCCUUAACUCAGAUUCAGAAAUUUUGCCAGUUUGUGAAAUGGAUAAGAGUGACAUGAAUUAUUGAAAAUGAUAAUUAGUUACCUGUCAGUAUAUACCCUACUAUUAAAUUGCUUGUAUUUUGAGAUGUGUGAAUAACCACUAUUUGUAUAUUGCUUGAGGAGAAAACAAUAUUCUGUAAGCGAAAUAAAAUUCAAAGAUUAUUUCUAUUA